UCUCUUUACCUCUCGAUCACUCUGUUCUUCGAUUUCUCCGUUCUAAGAACCCUAAUCGCCUCUUUCUCUCGAUCUCUCUAUUCUUCAAUCUCUCUGUGAUUAGAACCCUAAUCGCCUCUUUCUCCCUAAUCGCCGCUUUCUCCCCAAUCAGCCUCUGUCAAAUCUGAUGCCUCUAAGAAAGAAGAAUGGCGGCGGAAGAGCAACGCGAAAUAACUCAAAGCAACUGGCGACUGUUGGGGCUUCCCAGAAAUCGAAUCGGAGACCUAAGGGGCUUCCCAGCCAGUACACCUUCACACCGAUGAACCCUCAUGGCACAACAAACGUUUCUCAGGAGAGUCAUGUCCCCGUUUUUCAGCCUGCAACGAAUCCUACUGUCAGAGACUAUCCUCCUCCGAGGAAUCUUUUCCAGCCUGCGAGGAGCUAUCCUGGUGCAUCUCCUGCUGAUGAAGCUCGAAGAGGUGGUCCUCAACAUCUCGCUUCUACAUCGAAUACACCUCCUCUCUCGAACCAGCCUUCAGUGUUCAAUCAGCAUGUUUACUCGAAUCAACCUCGACCCUCUUCUCAAGCGCGAGGCUCUAUGUCACACCACAGUUCUCAAGUUCAAAACUCACAUGAGGAAGAAGAUGAUGAAUCUGGUUCUGAGGAAGAUGCUGCAGCAGAACCAACUCUCCCAGAAGAUCAGCUCGCUACUUUAUAUGAGCUGCUUCGCGUGCCAGGCCGUGAAUUGUAUACGACUGUCCUCUCUCCCAAGUUGGAACCUGGAACAACUUGGUUUGGUAACGACAGGUCAGCACUUACCCGGAAGAUUACAAAGGUUUUCACAAACAAGUUUGAUGGGCCAUUUUACAGUUGGGGUUGUGUGCCUCUGAAAAAAAAAAAAAGAGAUACUUCCUUGAAUUUGCGGAAGUGGAAUUGGGAAGACCUCCAACUAUUGGUGAAGUUUUUAUCAGGACUCAUACCAAAAAGGAUGGAACAUUUGUUGAUGAGAAAGCUCAAGAAGUUCAUGAGGCAUAUAAGAAGAACAAGGAAGCUAAGUUGGCUGCACUCGAGAAUGAGGAGACUUCUGACGUCUACUUUCACUAAUGAUAGAGGAGCAUAUUUUGGAGUUGGAAGCCUAGGGGAUUACAUCAAUGGGAAGCGAAAGUACCCGGGAAGCACUUCUUCUUUCACAACAAGCCUGCACCAACAGCUUGAGGAAGCUACUCGGAAGAUGGAGGAACAAGCAGCUAUUCAAGCAGAGCGUGAAGCAGAGGCUUCACGGGUUUUAGUUGAGCAACAAGCUGAGAUCAAGCACUCGAAGCUGGUGAAGAAGUACUUGAGCAAAACUGACCCCAAUUUCCUUGCUUUCAUCAACUCUGAGUCCUCUGCAGAUGAAUAG